GAUCGGUUGUACUUCGCUACUUUACGGAAUAAACCGAAGAACACGGUGAACACCCACUACUUCUGCACGGACGAGGAGCUGGUCUAUGAGAACUUCUAUGGAGACUUUGGGCCUUUAAAUUUGGCAAUGUUGUACAGAUACUGCUGUAAACUAAAUAAGAAAUUAAAGUAUUUCAGUCUAUCAAGAAAGAAGAUAGUGUACUAUACCAGUUUUGACCAGCGGAAACGAGCAAAUGCAGCUUUUUUAAUAGGUGCAUAUGCUGUGAUAUACCUGAAGAAAACACCAGAAGAAGCUUACAGAACGCUUUUGUCUGGAUCUAAUCCACCGUAUCUUCCAUUUAGGGAUGCUUCGUUUGGGAACUGCACAUACAAUCUUACCAUCUUGGACUGUUUACAGGGAAUAAAUAAGGCUUUGCAGCAUGGAUUUUUUGACUUUAAGACAUUUGAUGUGGAUGAAUAUGAACACUAUGAGCGAGUGGAAAAUGGUGAUUUCAACUGGAUUGUUCCAGGAAAAUUUUUAGCGUUUAGUGGACCACACCCAAAAAGCAAACUUGAAAAUGGUUAUCCUCUUCAUGCACCUGAAGCCUACUUUCCUUAUUUCAAGAAACAUAAUGUCACAUCAAUCAUAAGACUAAAUAAAAAAAUUUAUGAGGCAAAACGCUUUACUGAUGCUGGUUUUGAGCAUUAUGACCUGUUCUUCAUAGAUGGAAGCACGCCGAGUGACAGUAUAGUUCACAGGUUCCUGAACAUCUGUGAAAACGCUGAUGGUGCUAUUGCUGUACAUUGUAAAGCUGGCCUGGGGAGAACAGGAACACUGAUUGCCUGCUACAUAAUGAAACACUAUAAGUUCACACAUGCUGAAGCCAUUGCUUGGAUAAGAAUAUGUCGACCAGGCUCUAUUAUAGGACCCCAACAACACUUCUUGGAAGAGAAGCAAGCAAUGUUAUGGCUGGAGGGAGAUGUCAUCCAAUCAAAACAGAAACAACGAGUAGUUGAUGGAAACAUUAACAGAGUUCUUUGUGGUUUGAGUGACAUUUCACUCAGUGAUAGCUUGAAUGAAGUACAAGACUUGGAUCAAUACAGGGAG